GGUGAAUUCAAUCUGGUAGUCGGUGCGUCAAGAUGCCGAUGGUCAAUGGAACGGCGAAAGAGGUUCGAGUGAGUCUACUCGGCAAAGAAAGUAUCAUCAUCAACUUUGGACUAUGGCGCAACUACGUCGCUUCCGACCUUCUCACAAACCUCGAGUCAUCAACCUACGUUCUCAUCACCGACACCAACCUUGGCUCCCUUUACAUUGAAUCCUUUCAAAAUGCUUUUCGGACUGCAUCUCAGCAGAAGGCAAGCUCAUCAAGGCUACUAGUUCACCAAAUCCCCCCAGGAGAAAGCUCAAAGUCUCGGCAAACAAAGGACGAUAUUGAGGAUUGGCUGCUAAGUCAGAGCCCACCAUGUGGCCGCGACACCGUCAUUAUAGCUCUUGGAGGUGGCGUUGUGGGUGACCUGACUGGAUUCGUGGCUGCAACCUACAUGCGAGGUGUACGGUUCGUUCAAGUGCCGACAACGUUACUUGCCAUGGUCGACUCGUCCAUUGGCGGAAAGACAGCCAUCGACACGCCUCUCGGCAAGAAUCUUGUCGGUGCUAUCUGGCAGCCUCAGCGAAUUUAUAUUGACUUGGACUUCCUGGGGACCUUGCCGCGAAGGGAGCUCAUUAAUGGCAUGGCCGAGGUCAUAAAGACGGCCGCGAUCUCCGAAGAGGAAGAAUUUAUCGCUCUAGAGCACAACGCCGAUCAGAUCAUGGCCGCUGUCAAUGACGAUGUCAGGAAAGGCGCUGCCAGAUUCAAGGACAUUGAACCCAUCUUGAUUCGCAUCAUAUCUGCCUCCGCAAAAUUCAAGGCUCAUGUGGUAACUAUCGAUGAGAGAGAGACCGGACUGCGAAACCUGUUGAAUUUUGGGCACUCCAUUGGUCAUGCUAUGGAAGCUUUCCUGACGCCACAGGUGCUGCACGGAGAGUGCGUGGCUAUCGGCAUGGUGAAAGAAGCCGAACUUGCUCGACAUCUCGGUGUUCUUAGUGGUGUAGCCGUCGGACGUUUGCAGAAGUGUAUAACCGCGUACGGUUUGCCGACGAGACUGGAUGAUGAAAGGGUGCGCAAGCUAUCAGGUGGCAAGGUAUGUACUGUUGACGGCAUGCUCAAAAAGAUGGGCGUGGACAAGAAGAACGACGGAGCAAAGAAAAAAGUCGUCCUUCUCUCUGCCAUUGGACGCACAUAUGAGCAGAAAGCGAGCGUUGUUGCCGAUUCUGACCUCCGUGUGAUUCUUUCACCAAGCAUUGAGGUCUUGCCUGGUGUCCCCAGGGAUCUGAACGUCGUCUGUGCGCCACCGGGAUCAAAAAGCAUCUCCAACAGAGCUCUUGUCCUUGCAGCUCUUGGCAAGGGUGUUUGCCGCGUCAAGAACUUGCUCACGUCCGCCGAUACAGAGGUCAUGCUGGAAGCACUGACUCGUCUGGGAGCUGCCACGUUCUCUUGGGAAGACGAUGGCAAUGUCCUGGUCGUUAACGGAAACGGCGGCCAGCUUCGUGCAAGCCACCAAGACUUAUACCUGGGAAAUGCUGGGACAGCUGCGCGCUUUCUGACCACGGUCGCAACGUUGACUCAACAGAGCAACGUAAAAUCUACAGUUCUUACGGGCAAUGCACGGAUGAAGCAAAGACCUAUUGGGGAUCUCGUGGAUGCGUUGAAAGUCAAUGGUGCUGGGGUCGAAUACCUAGAAAGUCAGGGAUGUCUUCCUCUAAGGAUUGCAGCUUCUGGUGGCUUCAAUGGGGGAGAAAUCAGACUGGCAGCCAAAGUCUCGUCUCAGUAUGUUUCAUCACUGCUUAUGUGCGCACCCUAUGCAAAGGAAGCGGUCACACUUAGACUUGUUGGCGGAAAGCCAGUUUCGCAACCAUACAUCGACAUGACUAUCGCCAUGAUGGCGUCAUUCGGCAUUCAAGUCGAGAAGUCCAAGAGUCAAGAACAUACCUACCACAUCCCACGUGGUUCUUACCGCAAUCCGUCAGAGUACAUGGUGGAAAGCGAUGCCAGCUCAGCAACUUAUCCUCUCGCUAUUGCGGCAAUCACUGGAACGACUUGUACGAUCCCAAACAUCGGCUCUGCAUCCCUGCAAGGCGACUCACAGUUUGCCGUCGACGUUCUUCGGCCGAUGGGCUGUGAAGUUAAGCAGACGGCAACGUCGACUACGGUGAUCGGGCCGCGUGGUGGGGUUUUGAAGCCUCUCUCCAACGUAGACAUGGAACCAAUGACUGAUGCCUUCUUAACAGCCUCUGUCUUAGCGGCAGUCGCUCAAGGCACCGGCACAAGCACAACGCGUAUAUAUGGCAUCGCUAAUCAACGAGUCAAAGAGUGCAAUCGCAUACAAGCCAUGGAGGACGAGCUAGCCAAGUUUGGAGUGACUUGUCGCCAGUUCGACGACGGUAUCGAAGUCGAUGGUAUUGACAGAACUCGACUGAAGCAACCUAAAGGUGGCGUACAUUGCUACGAUGAUCACAGAGUUGCGAUGAGCUUCAGCGUGCUAGCGCUAGCGGCACCUCAACCUAGUCUGAUCCUUGAAAAGGAAUGCACAGGAAAGACAUGGCCGGGUUGGUGGGACACGAUGGCUCGCCAGUUCAAUGUCAAAUUGCAGGGAGUAGAGCUGGAUACUGUCGUGCAGUCACCGAAUAAGCGACUCGACCGUGAUUCUGCUUCCAUGUUCGUCAUCGGAAUGAGAGGUGCUGGAAAAACCACCUGCGGACGCUGGGCCGCGAAGUCGCUGGGAAAAAAGCUACUCGACCUCGAUACUGAGCUUGAACUCCGGGAGGGCAUGGGAGUUGCGGAGAUCGUCAGAAAACAUGGCUGGGAAUACUUUCGCGAGCGCGAACUGGCGCUCCUCAACGACGUCGUAAAAAACAUGCCAAACGACUACAUUCUUGCCUGUGGUGGUGGCAUUGUCGAAAGUCCGGAAGCACGACAGAUUCUGGUCAACUGGCAUCAAACAAGAGGGCACGUCCUCCUUGUCGAGCGUGAUAUCAAUCAAGUCAUGGGCUUUCUGAACAUUGACAAGACACGCCCUGCAUACGUCGAAGACAUGAUGGGUGUCUGGCUCCGACGCAAGCCAUGGUUCGAAGAAUGCAGUAACCUUUUGUUCUACAGCCAAGAUAUACCCAACGAGAAAAUGUCCGAGGCUGCCGCAGACUUCGACCGCUUCCUGCACGUGGUGACUGGUCGAACCGACACGUUGUCCGAUCUCAAACGAAAAUCUGAAUCUUUCUUCGUAGCGCUCACAUUUCCAGAUCUCCGCCCGCACCUGAACAUCCUUCCAGAAGUAUGUCUCGGUUCCGACGCUGUGGAACUACGUGUCGACCUGCUCAAGGACCCAAAUUCCUCUUCCCGAACCCCUUCGGCAGAGUACGUCACGGCGCAACUCUCUCUACUCCGAGCUACAGUCCCUCUGCCGGUGGUCUUUACGGUACGCACGUCUGCACAAGGUGGUCAGUUCCCUGACGACGCCCAUGCCGAGUACGCCGAACUGUGUAAGUUGGCAAUCAGAAUGGGUGUCGAGUUCGUCGAUCUCGAAGUCGCCACCUUGCCCGAAGGUCUUCUCAACUCGAUCCUCGCGCUCAAGAACAGCAGCACGUCGCGCAUCAUUGCGUCUCAUCACGACCCACAGGCCCGUCUGUCCUUCAACAACCCGGCCUCCUGGAUCCCCGUGUACAAUCGCUGCCUCCAGUACGGCGAUGUAGUCAAGCUGAUUGGCGUGGCGUCCAGUCUGGACGAUAACUUCUCCCUGCGCAAAUUCAAGCAAUGGUCGGCGAGCCAGCAUCCUGAACUUCCCCUGAUUGCCAUCAACAUGGGCCGUGCCGGCCAAGCGUCGCGGAUACUCAACGGGUUCAUGACGCCUGUGAGCCAUCCCGCGCUCCCCUUCAAGGCGGCACCGGGCCAACUCAGCGCGGCGGAAAUUCGUCAAGGUCUAAGCCUGAUGGGCGAGAUCGUCCCGAAGCAGUUCUACCUGUUCGGAAGUCCGAUUAGCGCGAGCAAGUCUCCUGCCCUGCACAAUACCUUGUUCAGGGAGACGGGCUUACCGCACCACUACGAAGCCUUCGAAACGACCGACGCGGACGAACUGAAGAGCAAGAUCCGAGCGGCCGACUUUGGCGGCGCGAGCGUGACUAUCCCGCUGAAACUCGACGUCAUGCCAUUAUUCGACGAAGUGGACGAGAGCGCGCGGCUGAUUGGCGCCGUCAACACCAUCGUGCCAGUCCCCGUCGCCGGCGCGCAGCAAGGCGCGAAAUUGGUCGGACGCAACACCGAUUAUCUGGGCAUGAUGGACUGCCUGCGGGCGGCGGGCGCGAGCGCAGCACUCGGCGACGCGGAACAGUCUGGGCUGGUCAUUGGCGGAGGCGGCACUGCUCGCGCCGCGAUCCAGACGCUACACACCAUGGGCUACAAGCCGAUUUACAUCGUCGGCCGGGACGCACGAAAGAUUGAGGAGCUGGCCAGGGAUUUCCCGACACGGUACGACCUCGUCGUCCUUGACUCUGGCGUCACAAAGAUCCGCACGCCGCCCACGGUGGCCAUCGCCACCAUCCCGGCCAACAUCCCCAUCGACAGCACGCUGGCCGGCACGUUGCAAAAAAUCGUCAAGAUGCCAGUGCCCGAAUCCGUCAUGCCCAAAGGUCAAGGAUCCAGCGCACCCGGUAGGAUCUUGCUCGAACUCGCGUACAAGCCGGCACACACGGAGGUGAUGAAGAUGGCGGAGAGCGGUGCGUGGAAGACGGUCCAGGGGCUCGAGACCCUCGUCACCCAAGGUGAGUGGCAGUAUGAGUACUGGACGGGGAUACGGGUGAGAGGUCUCGGUAGUAGGAUCACCAGGGGAGUCGUCCUUGGAUCAGAUGCGUAGAAAUAUUUUACAGUCGGACACAACCUAUUUGAAGGGGAGGAUGUACAAGGGUGACGCACAUCGUUCAGCUGGGAUUGCACAAGCUUCGUACGUGAUCGCUCUGGCGGAUCCAAACGGUCGCUUUUUUUCAAAAGCUUUAGUGGUAUGAAAGAUUUUUGUUUGUAGGACAGCGCUGUACAAUUGGAUCACACAGUACAAUCCCACACACACCCCAACCCCACGAAAAAGACGCGUACUUCUGGUGAAAUUUAUGGGUUAAUUAAUGAUGUCGUCUGUCGAGCAACCGCCGUUAUGAUACAGUAGAUACUUGGAUACUCACACCUCGCCUUAUUUACCUACUUGAUACAACAAGACUUUCCGAGAACAUUGCCACCGAGAAAUGCAGGGAAAGAUACCGUACCUCCUUGGUGUCUCGCCUUGAGACCCACAAC